UCAUUGUGCUUUUGCGACCUUCAACACCACUAAAACCAUGGCUCAACAGCAGCAGAUUAGCCUUCCGGCUAAACUGAUCAACGGGGGUAUUGCCGGCAUGGUUGGAGUCACCUGUGUGUUCCCAAUCGACCUGGCAAAGACUCGCCUGCAGAACCAGCAAAGCAGUCAGCAACUUUACAGGAAUAUGAUGGACUGCCUUAUAAAGACCGUUAAAUCCGAAGGUUACUUUGGCAUUUACAGAGGUGCUGCUGUAAAUCUGACCCUAGUGACUCCUGAGAAGGCUAUCAAACUCGCUGCCAACGACUUCUUUCGCCACCAGCUAAGCAAAAAUGGCGCUAAAUUAACAGUGUUCAAGGAGAUGCUGGCAGGAUGCUGCGCCGGGAUGUGCCAGGUCAUUGUCACCACACCCAUGGAGAUGCUCAAGAUCCAGCUUCAGGAUGCUGGCAGGCUUGCAGCCCAACAAAGGGUGAUGCCCGGUGUGGUAACGGCUCUAAAGAUGGGUGGAACCAGUGCUGUCCUCAGCCGUUCCUAUAACGGCAGCCCUGCGCCUCAGGUCAUGAGAGUAUCAGCCACACAGAUCACAAGAGAACUGCUGAAGACCAAAGGUGUCACAGGACUGUAUAGAGGACUUGGGGCUACGUUAAUGAGGGACAUCCCUUUCUCGGUUGUGUACUUUCCUCUUUUUGCACAUUUACACCAGCUGGGCCAGCACUCAUCAGGAAACCCAUCGGUGCCGUUCUAUUGGUCCUUUGUGUCCGGCUGCUUGGCUGCGACCGUUGGCGCGAUAGCUGUCAGCCCUUGUGACGUGGUCAAAACAAGGCUACAAUCCUUCAAAAAAGGAACUAAUGAAGAAACCUACAAUGGAGUGGUGGAUUGUAUCAGAAAUAUAAUGAGAAAAGAGGGUGCCUCUGCUUUCCUCAAAGGAGCCAGUUGUCGGGCCCUUGUCAUUGCUCCCCUCUUUGGCAUCGCCCAGGUGGUGUACUUUGUUGGAGUUGGAGAGAUGGUGCUCGGUUACACUCCCUAUAAUAUCUACUCUGCAUAGGGGAGGUUAGGUGUAUAAUAUGGAAGGGCCAACAUGCACUUCUAUGUGGUCUCCAAGUCAGGUUUCCUCCACUGAAAUAAUUGAUAGACUAGCUUGGGCUCCUCUCCCUCCAUAAACAGAUUUACGGAAUGUAAAAAAAAACCAUUUAUGUCUAAUUCUUAACACUUCAUAAUCCUAAACUGCAUCCUAGUGGAAAUUCUGUGAUAAUGAUGUGUUAUCAAUUACAUACAGAGAUUUCAUAGACUCACCUCAAAAUAAGUCAAAAAAAAAGUUUGACUAACAAUGUAUGGCUGCAUAGCCGUUAACCCUUGGUAAAACUUGAACGUGGCAGAUGCCAUAGUGUAGUAUUUAGUGUAAGCAAUUUAAUUGUCAAGAUUUUCAGAACACUUUGGAAGUGAUUUGGAAAUGUCCUCGUGGUUUCUGCCUCUCCUUGUUAUCUGCUCCUGCAGAACCUGUUGUUUUAAGAGUAACUAAACAGCUCAUUUGAUUUUGGAGUCUUUUCCAGGUCAAGAUUUCAUAGAACUCUCUUCAUUCAAUGUUGUAAAGGGGACCUAUGAUGAUUUUGAUCUACAUUCAAAACACUUCCUUGUGAUCCAGAUAAGAUGUAUUGGAUAUGCUAUGGUGUGUGUUUUGCGGGAAUUUUGCUCCCCAGUCACUUUUAUAACCCGUUUUUUGAGACUGUCGACAAGAUGUUCAUUUGUGGAGGCUUGCUCAGAUUGCAAAUGAAACCACACCCCACCCUCUCCAAAAGCAACAGAUAUAUAUCUUAAAAACGAACAUCACUGCUGUUGUUUUUCAGUCACAGUAUAAAAUAAACUUUAUAUACAUUAUAUAAAUUUGGCGGCCACAACAUUAGGUACACUUGUCCACUCUUGGAUCGAGAGCUGCUUUAAAAAAGUUGUUUUUUAGCAGCAUUUAUGUCACAUCAGUGUUAUUAUGCGCAUGCCACGAUUAGAUGAAAUUAAUUCUUUAUCCUGAAUUUUCUUGUUUUUUUCAAACCAAGUCGCAAUGUCGGCGUCUUCACUUCAGCGGCUAAUCAAUUUCGUAGUCACCACAUAAUUAUUUAUUUUAUCGUGUAUAUUUUAUAGACAGGCAGCACGGUGGCAGAGGGGUUAGUGCGUCUGCCUCACAAUACGAAGGUCCUGAGUAGUUGUGAGUUCAAUCCCGGCCUCGGGAUCUUUCUGUGUGGAGUUUGUAUGUUCUCCCCGUGACUGCGUGGAUUCCCUCCGGGCACUCCGGCUUCCUCCCACCUCCAAUGACAUGCACCUGGGGAUAGGUUGAUUGGCAACACUAAAUUGGCCCUAGUGUGUGAAUGUGAGUGUGAAUGUUGUCUGUCUAUCUGUGUUGGCCCUGCGAUGAGGUGGCGACUUGUCCAGGGUGUACCCCGCCUUCUGCCCGAUUGUAGCUGAGAUAGGCUCCAGUGCCCCCCGCGACCCCGAAGGGAAUAAGCGGUACAAAAUGGAUGGAUGGAUGGAUGGAUUUUAUAGACAUAGAUCAGGCAAGAAGCUCCAGUGGCAAAGGGGAGGUAGCUUGCCGACAAAGCAUGUCCAGAAUGACCAUUAGUCUGUCAAUAUUUGACGUCACAAAUGGCCCACUGUUAAACAUAAGUCAGCAAAACACAGAGUUAACAUUUUUCAGCCAAGUAUAUCAAAAGUUAAAUACUGAAUAUAUGCAAUUAGUUUUACUUAGAAUUACAAUGAUAAUAUUUACAGCCUAAUGCAAUAACCUUAUGAUUUGACACUUUGGCAUUGUUUAACGCGAGUAUCCAACAUUAUAAUAACGUUUACAAGUCAGAAAAGAGAAAAAUCAUCAUAGAUCCUCUUCUAAAGUUAGAGGAUACAGUGAUGCGUGACUGAAGUUGAUUCACAGUGCUUUAAAAGUGCAACAUGUCUCACUGACCCACUUUAAUUUUGUUGUUGACUGUGGUUCCUCUGUGACUGGACCUGUCUGUGUCACAUGACCCCAAUGCAAUAAGAAUAUUAAGAACAGUACAAAUUAGGAGGGGGAAAAGUGGUUUUAGAUAUUUUAACAUUUUAUUUUUAAUGUUUCAUGCAUAUUUAUUGAAUAUUUGUCACAAAAUGUGUAAAAACUCAAAUUGAGGAGAAACAUUUUGCAAACUCAAAUUGAGCCAAAUGUAAAAAUAUUUUACAACUUUCAACCUUUGGAUCACCUACAAUAGGGUUUUUUUUUUUUUUGUAUUAUGUUUUAAUUCAUUGUAGAAUUCCACAUGUAAAUACAGAAUAAUAAAUUCUGAUCUUUUA